AACCCUGUGCUCUGCUCGCUGUAGGUUACACCCACUCCUCGCUGCAGCUUUCUCUGCAUCCUCCCUUCAUGCUCUGGACUCAGUUACCGCCAGGGUUCCUUUGGUACUCUAGUGACGGACUGGUAGAUCCCUGUGGCGAAGAAACAACUCUUUGAUCAACUUUACACUUAGUGGAAUUAAACACAAAAAACGUCGCUUUUGUGGUUGAAUGCUGCGUUCACAAACACGACGCGACUGGAGUGAGAAAACGCGCAAAAAAGUUUCAAGACGAGUAAUUCAGGAUGCACUUGUUAUUGUUCCCAAAAAUAGGCCUGCUGGUUUGUUUCCACAGCUAUAUAUCAGCCUUUACACUGGAAACUACAACACUGACAUAUGAUGAGUCCUACUAUGAGUAUGUGCCUGAUCGCCGGCAGUGGAAUGAGGCAGAGAAAGUGUGUAACCAGCGCUCUGGGGCCUUAGCCACUGUCUCCAACCUAGUGGAGAAGCAAGAGCUAACCAGCUUUUUAACAUCUUUAAACAUCACUCAGCCUGUGUGGAUUGCCAGGAAUGUCAGGACACCUCUGACAAGUUCCUCCAAGACCCUUAUUCUGGAGUUCACCGGUCGCUCGGACAGAAAGCAUGCCCUUCUCCUGCACAAGUUCCCCUCCAUGGACUCUGUGACUGUUUGCACCCGUCUGCGCUUUGAUCCAAAUUGCUUCGGAAUUUCCACCAUCUUUUCUUACGCCAUCCAGUCAUACAUUAAUGAGUUCCAGCUCCGCGUGAAUCUGAUCCAGGGCAAACGUGUGGAGCUUGCUCUGCUGGUCCAUGGCGUUCAUGGACUUUACCAAGAAGCCUUUGACCACGACGACUCCUGGCAUUCGGUUUGCAUAUCUUGGAACCAGAAUGGUGGACGCUGGGCACUAUUUACUGACGGCCUUGUGGUCUCUAGAGGUGAAGGCCUAGGUUCUAACAGCAUUGGCCCUGAGGGCCGUUUCAUCAUUGGACAGGAGCAGGACACCUUUGGGGGUUCAUUUAAGAAGGAUGAGUCAUUCUCAGGGAGCAUCACAGAGCUGCACAUAUGGGACCGGGUACUGAACAGCAGCGAAAUCUACACCAUGGAAAAGGAGUGUUCACCAAUUUCCUCGGGGCUGGUGUUCAAGUGGAGUGGAGCAGCCAUGAAAAUAGAGUCCUCCCUUAUGAAGCUAUGGAGAGACAUCCCAUGUCAAGGAAACUUCACUGAAAAUUUGUUCUUGGAUUCUCUCCUGGAUGGAAAUUCUUUGCAGAAUCAAACAUUCUCCUUUGAGUUCUUCAAUCACGCUGACUCUGAUGAGGACUGUGGCAUCUUUGACCCAGUUAUUGGGAACUGGGGUCAAGCCAAGUGUGCCUCAUUCAGUGGAACUGUUUGCCAGUUUAAGAAAGAUGUGCUGGAUGUUGAAAGUUUACACAUGUCUUUACCAAAGACACCAUUCUUCAGUAGAAUGAGCAAGAAUCCCCUGACCAAACCUGUGACGGUGGAGCUGAGCGUUAAUGCCUCUGGGGACAGAGAUCUUGCCUUGCUGCAGCAGCUGACCCAGGCUGUUCUGCAUGAGGUGGAGGUCGGUGGCCCUCACCUCCUCACCUCCAGUGAUGUUCUCUACCUCACCCAGAGAAUUGAGACGGACCUGACUGCACUGGCUAGAUUUUACUCUGCUGGAACUGGCACAGCAGAAGUCAUGGUGUCCAUUGCUACCAACUAUGUAAAGGCGGCAAGUUUGAUGCUGGAGCCCCACAUGGCUACACAGUGGAUGGGCCUGACAGAGGAUGGGGUCAGCGUGGAACCAUUUACUAUUGUCCAGAGCAUUGACAGACUUGCUGAAACUCUUGCAGACAUGCUAUCAGCUGAGAGAAAAGGCUUUACUCUUUCUACCAAGAACAUAGAUGUGUACAUGAAGUGGCAAAAGCUGUCUCAAGUGAGCUGUAGUCAAGUCUUCAUGCCAGCUGAAGUCAGCUCUCACAGCGCGAGCAGCAGUGGUCAGAAUGAGUUGCUCAUCCCCGACACUGAGCUCCAGAGAAUACACACACUGGGAUAUGAGGAAGUGAUGUUUAUUCAUACCCACUACAGCCAUCUGAGUGAGAUAGUGUCUGGAGUACAGGAGCCUCCGCUCAGUCACCAAGAGAAAGAGAAAAGAAGUCUCCCAGGUCACCUGGCUUCUGUUGUCAUAUCAGCCACCGUCCGUGAUGCCUCCAAGGCCCAAACCAUCCCUGUGGCUGUCAAGUACACCCUUUCUUCAUCACCCGUGGUGGAGUAUUCUCAGAGAGUUACUGCUGUUUGUGCCUUUUGGAAUUUCAGCUUGAUGCAUAAUCAUACAAGCAGCUGGUCUAGUGAUGGCUGCAGGGUGACCUUGACUGGCUCUGGUGUCACUUCCUGUCUUUGUAACCACACCACCAACUUUGCAGUGUUGAUGAAUUACCUGGAGUUGAAGUGGAGUCCUGAGGAGGAGCUUAUUUUGACCAAGCUGACAUUCAUCGGCUCUGGUGCGUCUCUGUGUGCGCUGGUGGUUACCUUGAUGCUGUUCACUGUGCUGGACAUCCCCAAAUCUGACAGGACGUCCAUCCAUAAGAACUUGUUCAUUGCUCUAAUCUGCGCCCAGGUGAUUCUGCUCUGCAGCGGCUCAGCCAUUCACAACAAGGUGGCAUGCACACUUGUGGCAGCGCUGCUCCAUCUCUUCUUCAUGGCAGCAUUUAGCUGGAUGCUGGUGGAGGGUCUGCUGCUCUGGAGCAAGGUGGUUGCAGUCAACCUAAGCGAGGAGCGUCACAUGAAGUAUUACUAUCUCAUCGGCUGGGGUCUGCCGGUAUUGAUCGUCACCAUCACGCUGGCAUCAGCCUCAGGCAAAUACUCGGCCGAUGGCUACUGUUGGCUCAGUGUCCAGAAUGGCGUUAUCUGGGGCUUUGCUGGGCCCGUCAUCUUCAUCAUCAUGGUGAAUAUCUUGGUACUGACCAGGGUGGUGGUCAUCACCAUCUCCACAGCCAAGAGAAGAUCCAUCAUGUUGGCCAUGGGAACCAGUCCUGUGGAACAAGCCUAUGAGCAAAUCAGGGCGGCAGUGAAAGCAGUGUUGGUGUUGCUGCCCAUUCUUGGCUUGACAUGGCUAUGUGGUGUCUUGGUGCCUUUCUCCAUUGUCAUGGCCUACAUCUUCAUCCUUCUCAACUCCCUCCAGGGCCUGUUCAUCUUCCUGAUAUAUGGGGUGUACAACACAGAGGUUGGAGCACAGUCAACAGGAUCAAGGAGAGGAGAAAAGCGCUUAAUUUUUCAAAUUGCGCCAGUUCCAGACCAUCCAGCUCAAUUACCAGCUCUCGUCCUGUCAGUUUACCAUUAGGAGCUACCCCAAGCCAAGAAGAGGAGGCCACCUACACUAGCAAUACUCCCGGCCUGGGGAAGGAGGAAGAGAUGACCACAGGUCAGCUGUCCAUUCCUUGUGUUCCAGAGAGACUUGAAAAUCCUUUGAGCCAAACCUCCAAAGACACUUGUCUGCAUAGGAAGGAGCCUUCUCCCUCAGAGGUGGAAGCCUUGCCGGCUGGUUGUAGUCUCCAUGUUCCCAUGGAGCUGGAGUUUACAGCUUUCUGUAUCCCUCACAGCCCUGUGCCUCAGAAAAGCUAUGGCCUCAUCUACGUUGACUGACCUGGCUGGUGAUGCUGAUUGUAGAUUCAUGUUAAUUUUUUAAGUUGCUAAAAUGUUUUCUGUGUAUAGCUGCUUUUUUUCUUCACUCUUUUCAUUUUCUCUCACCUAUGAUCACUGUAGAGACACAAGUGUUGCAUGCCGGUUGUAAGUAUUUUUAGGGAUCUAAGCCUCAAUCUGCCUUUAACUUUGCACUCAUUUUAAGAUUAGAGCCACUUAGGUUUCACUUAAAGGUCCCAUGGCAUGGAAAUUUCACUUUGAGUUUUUUUUAAACAUUAAUAUACACUCA